AUGAUCUUACAAGAACAUGAGGAGUUGGGCCUACCAUUCUCGGAGUCGCAGAUCGGCACGGCGUUAUUCAUCGCCGACGAUACCACGUUACUGACCUCUGCUCUCGAAAACAUUGAACGCCAACUCGACCUGGUGGACAAGUUUUCCUCCGUCUCAGGAGCCAAGCUCAACCGCAGCAAGUGCUAA